AUGAAACACCAUCACUGUCACCAUCUCCACUAUGGUAUCGACAUCACCCUCUGCAACCCAUUAACUGCAUCACGGUCCCUAGUAGCGCAACUUUACGACCAUCACAUUAAGGCAAAUCUAUUUCUAAAGUCGUUACCACCAGCAUCACGACAACCACAAGUGCAGGCAUUAGCAUUACCACCCCUUUCGCAGGCCUGUGGCAACCACAAGCAACAGCAAUGCCACCCUUACCAUUCCAACUACCAUUCAAAUCCACGGCCAACGACGACAACAACCACAACUACCGGCAUUACCUCUCCCGCCCUAACCACCCUACCACCACCACCAACCCACCACGACCACGAGAAGCCGAGCCCGGACGACCUCACGUUCCAAGACCAGGCAGCGUCGGCGGGCGUUGGGUUCCCCUCAGCCCAGACGGGCGGUGGGUUCCCCUCAGCCCAACGGGCUUGGGUUCCUCAGUCCAGCGGGCGUAAGGUUCCCCUCAGUCCCAGCGGGACGUGGGUUCCCCUCAGCCACGAGCGGGCGUGGGGUUCCCCUGCAGUCCAGCGGCGUGGGUUCCCCUCAAGUCCAGCGGGCGGUGGUUCCCUCAGUCCAGGCGCGGCGUGGGUUCCCCUCAUUCCAGCGGGGGGGUUCCCUCAGGUCCAGCGGCCGUGGUUUUCCCCUCAGUCCAGCGGGCCGUGGGUUCCCCUCAGCUCCCAGCGGCGCGUGGUUCCCCUCAGUCAGCGGGCGUGGGGUGUCCCCUCAGUCAGCGGGGCGUGGGUUUCGCCCUCAAUUCCAGGCGGCGCGUGGUUCCCCUCAGACCAUCGGGCGUGGGUUCCCUCAGUCCAGCGGGUGGUUUCCCUCAUCCAGCGGGUGGGUUCCCCUCAUUCCAGCGGGCGUGGGUUCCCUCGAUCAAGCGGGCGUGGGUCACCUCGAGAUCGCAGCGGGCGUGGGUUCGCCUCAGCUCCAGCGGUUGUGGGUUCGACCCUAGUCCAGCGGGUGUGGGUCCCUCAGUCCCAUGGACGUGGGUUCCUCAGUCCACGGCGUGGGUCCCCUCAGUCCAGGUCGGCGUGGGUUCCGCCUCAGAUCAGCGGGCGUGGGUUCCUCAGUCAAGCGGUGUGGGUUUCCCUCAUUCCAGCGGGUGUGGGUUCUCAGUCCAGCGGACGUGGUUCCCCUCAGUCAGCGGGGUGGUUCCCAUCAAGUCAGCGGGCGUGGGUUCCCCUCAUUCCAGGCGUGGUUCCCCUCAGUCAGAGGCCGUGGGUCCCUCAGUCCGCGUGGGUUUCCCCUCAGCCGCGGGCGUGGGUCCCUCAGUCAGCGGGCAUGGGUUCCCCAUCCACGGGCGUGGGUUCCCCUCAGUCAGCGGGCGUGGUUCUCAGCCAGGGUGUGGGUUCCCUCAGUCAGGUGCGUGGGUUUCCCUCAGUCAGCGGCCGUGGUUCCUCUCAGUCAGCGGUGUGGGUUCCCUCAGUCGAGCCGGGCGUGGGUUACCCUCAGCCCAGCGGGCGUGGGUUUUCCCCUCAUAGCUGGGGGGUCUCACCCAGCGGGCGUGGGUCCUUCUUCAGGGGCGUGGGUUCUCAGUCCAGCGGUGUGGGUUCCCUCAGUCAGCGGGCUGUGGUUCCUCACUACAGUCCAGCGCGGUGUGGGUCCCCUCUAUUCCAGCGGGUGUGGGGUUCCCUGCCAGUCCAUUGCGGCGUGGGUUUCCCUCAGCCAGCGGCGUGGGUUCCCCUCAUUCCAGGGGGUGUGGGUUCCCCUCAUCCAGCGCCGUGGGUUCCCUCAUUCCAGCAGGGUGGGUUCCCUCAGUGCAGCGGGGUGGUUCUCCCUCAGUCCAGGGCGUGGUUCCCCUCAGUAAGCGGGCGUGGGGUUCCCUCAGUCCAGCGGGCGUGGGUCAUCUUCUUCCAGCCGGGCGGUGGGUUCACGCUCAGGCCAGCGGGCGUGGGUUACCCUCAAGCCAGCGGGCGUGGGUCCCUCAGUAGUGGGCGUGGGUUCCCUCAGAGCGGGCUUGGGUUCCCUCAGUCCAGCGGCGUGGGGUUCCCCUCAGUCAGCGGGCUGGGUCACUUCUUCCAGCGGGCGUGGGUUCCCUCAUCCCAGCGGUGUGGUUCCCCUCAGCCAGCGGGCGUGGUUCCCUCAGUCAGCGGGCGUGGUCACCUUCUCACAGCGGGCGCGCGGGCGUGGUUCCAUCAGCCAGAGGCGUGGUUCCCUCAGGCCCAGCGGGCGUGGGUUCCCUCAGCCCAGGGGCCGUGGGUUCCCCCUCAGCCCAGCGGGCGUGGGUUCCCCUCAGCCCAGCGGGCGUGGGUUCCUCAGCCCAGGGCGGUGGUUCCCUCAGCCAGCGGGCGUGGGUUCCCCUCAGCCCAGCGGGCGUGGGUUCCCAGCGGGCGUGGUUCCCCUCAGCCCAGCGGGCGUGGGUCUCCCCCUCAGCCCCAGCCCGGGCGUGGGUUCCCCUCAGCCCAGCGGGCGUGGGUUCCCCCUCAGCCAGGCGGGCGUGGGGUUCCCCUCGCCAGCGGGCGUGGGUUCCCCUCAGCCCAGCGGGCCGUGGGUUCCCCUCAGCCAUUGGGUUCCCUCAGCAGGCGGGCCGUGGGUUCCCCUUUCAGCUCCCAGCGGGCGUGGGUUAACCUCCCCAGCGGGAGCGUGGGUUCCCCUCAGCCCACGUUGGGUUUCCCCUCCAGCCCAGCGGGCUUGGGUUCCCCUCAGCCCAGCGGCGUGGGUUCCCUCCCCCCUCAGUCCAGCGGGCGUGGGUUUCCCUUCUCACAGCGGGCGUUGGGUUCCCUCAGCCCAGCGGGCUUGGUUCCACCUUCCCAGCCCCAGCGGGCGUGGGUUUCCGCCUCCCAGUUAGCGGCGUGGUUCCCCUCAGCCAGCGGCGUUGGGUUCCCCUCAGCCCAGCGGGCGUGGGUUCCCCCUCAGCCCAGGGGCGUGGGGGUUCCCACUCAGCCCAGCGGGCAUUUGGGUUCCCCUCAGCCAGCGGGCGUGGGUUUCCCCUCAGUCCCAGCGGGCGUGGGUUUCCCCUCAGCCCAGCGGGCGUGGGUUCCCUCAGCCCCCGCGGGCGUGGGUCCCCUUCUUUCCAGCCGGGCGUGGGUUCCCUCAGCCAGCGGGCGUGGGUUCCCCUCAGUCCAGCGGGCAAGCCCCUCAGGCCAAACAUGGGGUUUCCCCUCAGCCCAGCGGGCGUGGGUUCCCCUCAGCCCAGCGGGCGUGGGUUCCCCUCAGCCCAGCGGGCGUGGGUUCCCCUCAGCCCAGCGGGCGUGGGUUCCCCUCAGCCCAGCGUGGUUCCCCAGCCCAGCGGGCGGGGUUCCCCUCAGUCCAGCGGGCAUUCCCCUCGACCGGGCAAGAUCUGGAAGAACUUCAUCCUUUUUGGGAGGAUUGGGCGAUUCCGGCUCCCUGGAAGCUGCCUUUGAUUUAAAAGAUAAAUUCGAGAGAGGAAGUAGACCAUUUUGUGUGGCCAGGGAGAGGGGAGUGGUGGCACGUCUAGUCUGCACCGUGGCGCUAGAGGGACCGGCGGGGAGCUGCUGGGCAAGAUUCAUCCUGCGCAAUUCAGUCGCACAUCGCCGGCUAUCCGAUGAGCCGGAAUGGGCAUUCCUCUCACUCAUCCAUGCGGGGCGACGUCUCGCCACCGACGCGCCGCAGAAGCCUCCGGCGUGUCGUGCUGCGAGAGUGCGCGGCGAGGUGAGGGAGGUUGCUCGACGCACCACCAGGCGUCUUGCACUCAUGCUACAGGUUGUUUGA